AUGAGAAAGACAAAAAGAGAGAAACAUAGAAUAAAGGCAGCAGGCCAUGCACAGGCGCUGUCGCAGGAAAUACUGGCAGGGCUCAGGCGGAAUUCGCAGGAGCACGUCAGCAUGGACGACGACUCUAUGGAGAACAUCGAUGCGUACUGGAACAUGGCAAACAAAGAGCUGGAGGAAAUGGAGAGGAAGCAGUACGAGGAUAUAAGCAUGCUGGAAACAAUAAACGAAAUAAUAACGAAAAACAGCAGCGAAACAGAGAAAGAAAAAGAAGGCGAAGCAAUGGACAGCGAGUUCUUCAGCACCCCGCACACAAUAAGAAGAAGCUUUGACGACGAGUUUCAAGAGAACCUGCAGAAUGUAGUUCUAACGGGAUUCUCAGACUCUGAAGAAGAAAAUGCAACAUCGGUGCAGGAGAAAGAAAAGAAAGAAAAAGAAGAAGAAACAGCCAGUGCCAUAGAACAAAGCAGCAUAAUGACCAAAGAAGAUGAUGAAAGUAGAAGCGAAAACAUUGAAAAGACAGAAGAAAGUGCGCUAUUCUUCAUAGAAGAAAUAAAAAGCCAGAAAGACAAUGCCGAAAUAAAAAACAGCGAAGUAAAGAUCACAAAAGUAAGCAUAAAGCCAAAAAAGGCUAUGCGAAUAAACAGCAAGAGUUUAUACUACAUAAUCAGGGGAACAGUAAUCGUAGAAGACAAAAACACGCCAAAGAAACAGAGAGUGUCUGCUGUAUACCGCGCAAAGAUAAUAGAAGGAAGACAGCUGAAAGCUGGCUCCGUAUUAAGCCAUAGCCAAUCAACUGUAGUAUUAUACAACCCAGGCAUAUCUGAAUGCACCAUGCUCGCACUUUCUAAAAACGAAAAGAAAGGAAGAAAAAGAAGCACAGGCUGA